UAUCGAUACAAUCGAUAUUUCUUUUCGAUUAUCAUGUUUUUUUUUCGAAAAAUCUGAUUUACCACAAGAUGGCUUCGGCUUAUGGAAAUACAAAUGAAACGAUACCGAUCGUUGUGGAUCGAACAGAACUAGAAUUACCGGUUUAUUAUACUAGUCCAAAUGGAAUGAAAUAUUCGUUGGAUACAUGGCAAGAAUCAGAUGUUAAUGGUUUAUAUGAAAUUUUCUUCGAUGUCAUUGAAGAAGGUCAAACAUAUCCUCAAGAAUCAAUAAAUCUUGAUGAAUUUCGACAAUAUUUUCUUUCCAAAUAUUGUUUUGUUAUUCGAUCUUCUGAUAGUACAGAUUCUAAUUCAAUUGCAGGUGGAUUUUAUAUAAAAUCAAAUUUCCCUGGAAGAUCAUCACAUUUAGCAAAUUAUGGUCUGUUAGUAAAUCGAAAAUAUCGUCAACAAGGAUUGGCAAAUUUUAUGGUCGAACAAUGUAUUCGCCUGGCAAGACAAUUAAAAUUUAAAGCAUUAUAUACAAAUUUAGUUUAUGUUUCAAAUUUGGCAUCAAUAAAAACAUGUCAACGUUAUGGUUUUCAACAGGUUGGCCGAUUGCCAAAAGCAGGUAAUCUAAAACAACUUGGUUAUACGGAUGCUUUACAAUUCUAUAAAGAUUUGGAAGAUUAAUAAGAUUUUUUUUACUUUUUUAUUUUUCUAAUUUUUU